AUGGAAGACUCAGGCCAGAGAGGAAGAGGCCGAGUUAGAGUUAGAGUUAGAGGAAGAGGAAUAGAUCAAAAUGAGGAACGCCAAUGGAAACCAACAGGUCGUGGGAGGGGCCCUGGGGUUGCUCCCAGCCCUGUUACUCCCACUCUGAAGUUCCUGCCUUCACCCUCUCCCUUGAAAGGAAAGCACCCUCCUAAGCCACAACACUUGGCUCUAGGUAAAGUGGAGACCCAUAAACCCAAGCUUGGCAAUUCUUCCGCUAGCAGUUGCGGCAGCGGGGGUGAUUUGGAGCCUAUGAGCAGACCCGACCCAGGAGGAAAAAACGGGUACACGGAUAUUCGCCUCAUUGCAAAUCAUUUCGUCGUCAACUACGACCCAUCUCUGCAAAUCUUCCAGUACGACGUGGAUAUGACACUGAAAUCCCACAACAAAACUCCCAAGUCAGAAGCUCGUACCACACAGAGCAUCGCCAUAUCCAGAACAGAUGCACAUGAAGUAAAAAACAGAUUAGUCGAAGACCGCCCAGAUUUCAAAAAGGCAUUGCCCAUCUACGAUGGGGAAAGGAAGUUGUACUGUUUGUCCUCUUUGCUAGAUGGUGAGUUUUAUGUCAAGCUAGACAACGGUGAAGUAAAAGAGUACAAAGUAGUUUUGAAGUUCGUUAAGAAGCUUGAUGGACACAGAUUAGAAGAGUUUCUGAGAAGAGAUUCAAAACGGCAUUCAAGCUAUGAAUUGCUGCAAGCAAUGGGUUUGGUAAUAAGGGAGCAUCCCAGCAAGAACAUGAUUAUAAUAGGGAGUAGCCUUUAUGAUCAAGCUCCCGAACGCCAUAGGAAUCUCACUGGCGGCGCAGCCGCCGCUAUUGGGUAUUCUAUUAGUCUCAGUCCUACAGCCAAAGGUCUGUCUCUUAAGGUAGAUUAUUCAGUUGUGGCCUUUCACAAGAGCAUUCGAGUGCUGGAUUAUCUGAGGGAUAGGAGAGUGUACUUUAGGGAGAAUUGUGCUCUGAAUUCCAAGGCUAGAAAGGAGGUUGAAAGGGUUUUGAGAGGAUUGAAGGUGAGUGUCACACAUAGACGCACAAAACAGAAGUUUACUGUGCGUGGACUGACUGAACAGAGCACCAGACAACUUACUUUCAAAAGUGGAGAGAGAGAGGAGAAACGGCAACUUGUGGAUUACUUUAGUGACCGUUACCAUUUGGAGAUACGAUUCCUGGAGCUGCCUUGCCUGGAUGUGAGCAGGAACCCAGAAAGGCCAAACUAUAUUCCCAUGGAGCUCUGUGAAAUAUGUGUAGGGCAGAGGUUCCCCAAAGAUGAUCUCAAUUCUCGUCAGUUCCAGAAGUUGACGGAAGUGGCUUGCCCUAAGGUGCGGGACAGAUUCCGAGAAAUCAUUGACAUCGUGAAGCGAGUGGACGGGCCUACAGGCGGUUCAGUUCUUGAGAGUUAUCACAUGUCAGUGGGUUCAGAAAUGACUGAUGUAACUGGUCGUGUGAUAGCCCCACCUAAGCUCAGGCUGGGGAACAGCUGCGAAAUCAUUCCUCGACAGGGUGACUGCCAAUGGAAUCUACACAAUCGCCAACUCUUUGAUCCAAAACCAAUUGACAAAUGGGGAAUCGUUUCUUUCUUGCACAACCCAAAAGAAGAUGGGCAAAGGAAAUCAAUGGAGAAUUUCUGCAGGGCAAUGGUGGUGAGAUUCAAAGAUCUGGGCAUCCAAAUGGCAGAAAAGCCAACAGUUUUCGAAUCAAGAUCAAUAUCAAUGUUGGACAACGUCCCGCAUCUAAGGAAUUCUCUUCAGGCAAUCCACAGAAAAAGCGAAGGGAAGCUUCAGAUUUUGAUCUGCAUAAUGGGGGCCAAGCACAGUGGGUACAAAAACCUCAAGCUCAUCUGUGAAACAGAGAUAGGCCUAAUAUCACAGUGCUGCGACUUUGAAUGUGUUCUAAACUUCAACGACAUCGAAUUCUCAAGAUAUUUGGCAAAUCUUGCAUUAAAAAUCAAUGCAAAAGUCGGCGGGAGCAACGUGGCACUGGCUCGAACACUUUCUAAUCAGUUCCCACGUUUUGGGAACUCUCACGUCGUGUAUUUUGGAGCAGAUGUGAAUCAUCCGGGCCAGCGAAAUGAGAAAAGCCCAUCAAUUGCAGCGGUUGUGAUGAGCAUAAACUGGCCAUAUUCAACCCGCUAUGUGUUCAAAAUGCGGUGCCAGGAAAGCGGUCAGGAAGACAUCACAGAUCUGGGAGAUAUGUGCAAGGAAUUGUUAUCAGUAUAUCUGAAAAAGAAUUCGAAGCUGCCUGAAAGGGUUGUUUUCUUCAGAGAUGGAGUGAGCGAAGGGCAAUUCCAUAUGGUUUUGAACAAAGAGCUCAUGGAUUUGAGGAGGGCAUUUGGUGAGCUUCAACAUGGGUAUAAUCCCUCUGUUUCGCUUAUUGUAGCACAGAAGCGUCAUCACACAAGGCUCUUCCCCGUGGGGAAUGGGGGCACUAAAUCGGGCAAUGUGCCGCCUGGUACAGUUGUUGAUAGUGUGAUUGUCCAUCCAAGAGAAUUUGAUUUCUUUCUGUGCAGUCACGAUGGGCAAAGAGGGACCAGCAAGCCCACCCAUUAUCAUGUUCUUUGGGAUGAUAAUGAAUUUGGAUCGGAUGAGUUGCAGAAGUUGAUCAAUGAUUUGUGUUAUACUUACUCCAGAUGUACAAAGCCCAUAUCUCUGGUUCCUCCAGUCUAUUACGCAGAUCUUGCAGCCUACAGAGGGCGCCUCUAUGUGGAGGCUCUUGCAUCCCCUCACUUCAACCCAUCUUCUUCCUCUGCUAUCACUCUUCCAAAAAUUCACCAAGGUAUUGAGGAUGAAAUGUUCAUUUGA